AUUACAAAUAACCGCAAUAUCCUCAACGAAAACACAUAGAGGUGAAUUUUCGUCUGGAGGCAUUUCAACCACGUCAAUAUCAAGUUCUCGUAAUAAUUGUGCUAAAGCUAAAUGUUGCUUUCUAGCCUCGUCAAGCGUGACCUCCCCUCUCGUUCGCAGGGAAAGAGGGAUUCUACACAAAAUAGCAUGAGUAUAUCUAUGUAAUGGCAUGAUUAAGGCAACUCAAUUUAUCUGUUACGUUGAAAUGAUUUGUAGAAAUGACUCCUCGAUUAUUUGUCACUCCGUUAAUAAUAGUUUAUUCAAAUUAUUCCAACAAGCACACACCAAUUUGACGUUUUACGCAAAAACAACACAAAAUGAAUCCGUUGAAUGUUACCAACGUCCAAAUAUUAACAACUUACUAAGAUGUGAAGUUAGUUAGGUAGUUUACAUGUUGGUAAUCAUUACGACGAAGAAUGCUAUUGGAACGACGAUCUUUAAAAUAAUCUAAAAUAAUGGAGGCAAUAUAUGUAAAGAAAUGAAAUAUUCGAGAGAGAUAAUAAGAAAUAUUGAUAAUAUGAGAACUUAAGUGUCAAAAAUCAAAAAUACAAUGUGACUUUAUUUUGUACGAUAAGAAUGCGCCUUAGUUUCGUAAGAACAUUGCUCGUACUUGCGUUAUUGGGAAAUAUAAUUAUUUGGCACAGAAUAUGGAGGUUAUUUGCUGCACAAAAUACGUUAGGAUUAUUAACACCUGGCGCAGUAACAAAUGAUCCGCCUCAAAAAUUGCAUCGUCGUUUAUCUCGUCUUGUAACUAUUAUUAUACGUCAAUUUGAAAGUUUUGAAAAUGACGUGGUGUCUACUGUGGAGUCUGUCUUGAAUUCUUUUCCUACCAUUCCAAUUUUAAUAAUAUGCGAUGAGUUGCCAUAUCCUCCUUUGGAAUUGCAUUUUGAAAAUGAAACAUUACAAAAUGUUAAACUUAUCACCUUGCAAACUGAUUUUAACAAAACAUAUGAAGAAAGGAAUCCUAUGUUCUACAUACGCACAAAAUUCGUCUUAUUUCUACCUGAUGCUAGUCGAAUAUCUACAAAACAAAUUCUACAGAAUAUUAUUAUACAAAUGUCAGAAUUCGGGAUAGUAACUGUACCAGUAGGUAAAGUUACUUUAUCUUGUCUUACUGUGAACUUGAAGAUUAAAGAAUGGAGCUUACAGUUUGCUCAUUCUUCUGACAUGGAAUGUGAUUUUGUAGUUGGAAAACAUGCAACAAUGUUAGAAGUGAAAACAUUAAGAAAACUCUCCGAUCCAUUUCUAUUGCCCUUUCCAGACGCAUUGUACAUACAAACAACAGCUAUUGGUGCAAAGAUUCAUAUUCUAAAACAUCAUCAAUUCAACGAGGGAAAGCCAUUGUAUAGAAAUCAACAAACUCAGUGGAAGCUGGAACAAUUACAUCAAAGUCGUGAACGAUUAAUGUUUAAACAGUUAGGAAUUAAAAAAGUUACAAGGGCUUCCAAUUUCAUUGAAUGGUAUGGGUGCUCAAGAGAAACUUCUAGAUGUUUUGGGUCGGUAAUAAACGGUAUACCAUCAUAUUUUUAUCAAAAUCGAUAUACACCUCCUUGUUGUCUUGCUGGAUUAAGGAAAGUUGCUCAUCAUGUAUUUGAUAAAUUGGACGAAGUUGGCAUUCGUUUCUGGUUAGAAGGAACAUCAUUACUAGGUGCAAUGAAAAAUGGAGAUAUUUUACCAUGGGAUCAUGAAGUACAAAUAGGGAUAAAUAGAUUUGAUUUAGAAAGAUCUCCAUGGUUAAUUAAAGCCAAGGUUAAACCUACUGUAGAUAAUCAUGGUUUUGUUUGGGAAAAAGCAACAGAAGGUGAAUUUUUUAAAGUACAAUAUUCCAAAAUCAAUAAUUUACAUGUGAACUUACUCCCAUUUUAUUCAAAAAAUGGAUCUAUGAUUAAAGAUGCAUGGUUUAUGAAAAAUGAAGAUUUUCCAGAACAAUUUCUUCAUCCAAUGUCAAGCAUUGAAUUUGCAGGUAGACAAGUUCCAUGUCCAAAUAAUAUUAGAGAUUUUUUAGAGCUUAAAUAUUUUAAAGGAGUAGUAGAAAAUUCAAAGCUUCCAAGUAGGAUCAUUUUUAAUUAGAUUAUAUUAUUAUUGCACUAAAUGCUAUUGAUGUAAUUUUUUUUCUAGAAUAAUUCAUAUUAAUAAAAGUAAUUUUGCAAGAUCUCGUAAACAAUAUGAUAUUUAGUAAUAUAAGGAAUUGAUAUUAAAUAACUAAUUAUGUUAUUAUCUGCA